AUGGCGCCUUCCACGUCUCACAUAUCCACCCAGCUCAGGCAACUGAUCUACUACCAUCUUGACAACAAUCUCGUCAAGAAUGCGCUUUUCCUAGCCGGCCGCCUCCACGCCUACGAACCCAGGUCAUCCGAAGCCUCGUAUCUACUCGCGCUAUGCCAUCUUCUGAGCGGUCAGCCCAAGGCCGCUUGGGAAUACAGCCGAAAUUCUGGUUCUCGGGGAACCCACGUCGGAUGCUCGUAUGUCCAUGCACAAGCAUGUCUGGACUUGGGGAAAUACAUGGAUGGGAUCACCGCUCUUGAGAGAAGCCGGAGCCUUUGGGCUUCAAAGAGCCAUUGGAACAAGCAUAGCGAAACACGCCGUCACCACUUACCAGAUGCAGCUGCGGUGCUCUGCUUACAAGGGAAAUUGUGGCAAGCUCACAAGGAUCUUGCACAAGCUGUAGAAUGCUACGUUGAGGCCUUGAAGCUCAAUCCUUUUAUGUGGGAUGCGUUUAUGGGACUUUGUGAAGCUGGGGUCAACAUCCGAGUUCCCAACAUAUACCGAUUAAGUCCAGAGCUGGUCGCUAUGUUACAAGCAGCACCUCAACCUGACCCAACCGCAAUUUGCGACAAGACAAUGGCGUCGAACGGCCCUCUACAGAUGCAUUCAAAUACAAAUUUUAAUAGUGACCCAUUUUUUUCUACGCCAAAAGGUGACGCUGGCGUCUCGAAUGGAAGCUCAGCAUUGUGGGAAAAGCUAAACGGAAGCAAUGUCAGCGUAGCAUCAGUGGGUACAACGGUUAUUCACGAAGUACCUGAAGGCCAGACUGAGACCGAAGAUGCUCGCAUUGUCAAUGGUGCAACAUCCUCUACUGAUAUUUGGGAUCCUCCUCUUGCUCCUACUCGGCGAAAUAGGACUAUACAGCAAGUCGAGUAUGGGGACCCACCCCCGAGAAUGAAAGCCACUGCUUUGAAGUCAAGAAUACGAUCAAGAGUGGAAUCAGAAGAUCAGAAUAUUGUUCCAAUGGAUGCAGAGCCAAUCCCCGUCUCCACCGCAGGUGACAGGAAGCGAACCAUAUCUGGCCAGGUUGCCCAUCCCGCUCCCCAGCCCGUUGAACCAGGUGCGCCACAGCGCCGAAGCACUCGUCUGCUGAAUCACAUAAGGCCCACGUCUACUAGAUUAGCGACUUCGACAUUGACCUCAAGGGAUGGACGAGAGGUGAAAAAGGUCAGGGCUACUGGGGCAAAGGGACGGACUGCUACGACUACCAACGUUGGUCGUGUAGUCAGCGGGAAUAGGAAGACCGUGAUCAGCGGUUCAGAGCCAGACAAUAGGGAACCUCGUGCACCUGGCACGCACUCCACUGCCUCUGGCAGCAACAGCCAUCCUACUAAGAGCGCAGUCACGGACCGCUCGAAAGAAAUGGAGGCUCUUUCAUGGAUAUUAGAUCUCUUUGGUAAAUUGGCUACAGCGUACCACAACUUGACCAGGUAUAAAUGCCAGGAGUCUGUUCAGGCCUUCAAUCUCUUGCCGCAAGCGCAGCGAGAAACGCCAUGGGUUCUAUCGCAGAUGGGGCGAGCUUACUAUGAACAGGCGCUCUAUUCUGACGCUGAGAAGUAUUUCAUACGAGUCAAGGCCUUGGCACCGUCUCGGUUGGAAGAUAUGGAAAUAUACUCGACCGUGCUAUGGCACCUCAAGAAUGAUGUUGAACUGUCAUAUCUAGCCCACGAGUUGAUGGAGGUAGAUCGGCUAUCUCCGCAGGCGUGGUGUGCUAUCGGCAACUCAUUCUCACACCAACGAGAUCACGACCAAGCAUUGAAGUGUUUCAAACGUGCCACACAGCUUGAUCCUCGCUUUGCCUAUGCGUUUGCUCUCCAGGGUCACGAACAUGUUGCAAACGAGGAAUACGAUAAGGCACUCGAUGCCUUCCGAAAAGGAAUCAGCGUCGACAGUAGACAUUACAACUCUUGGUAUGGCCUCGGCCAAGUUUACGAAAAGAUGGGCAAGCUCGAAUAUGCGGAGCAGCAUUACCGCAACGCCGUACAAAUCAACCCUAGUAACGCAGUUCUGAUCUGUUGCAUGGGCCUUGUGAUUGAGAAGAUGAACAACCCCAAGACCGCUUUGUUCCAUUAUAGUCGUGCCACAUCACUCGCGCCAAAAUCAGUGUUGGCCAGAUUCCGAAAGGCACGCGUUCUCAUGAAGCUGGACGAACUCAAGUUGGCUCUGGCAGAACUCAAAGUGCUGAAGGACAUCUCUCCGGACGAAGCAAACGUCCACUAUUUACUCGGAAAGAUUUAUAAGAUGCUUCACGACAAGGCCAACGCAAUUAAACACUUCACCACGGCCCUAAAUCUUGAUCCCAAGGCAGCACAGUAUAUAAAGGACGCAAUGGAAUCAUUGGAUGAUGAGGAGGAGGAUGACGCUGACAUGGCAUGA